CGUAGAUGCCAGUGAUUAGUGCACCAAUACACCACGUAGGAACCUACGGUACAGUUACAGUACAGCAAACCAUCAAAAUGCCCAGCAAGCCAAAGUUGGUCCCCUUCCCCGAAAGCGGAGCCUCGUCAUCCACAAGGGUUCCCAUGCCCGGAGACUUGAUGACCAUUCAAUUCAUGGGGCCCAGGCCAGCCCAGGUUGGCCAUUCUGACCACCCGCAGCAAGCACGGCUUCCACCUAGUCCGGGUCCUUGUCGUUGCCAAACCGGCCGGGCCGCCUUUUUUUCUGUUGGCCCUUGCACCCCCAUAGCAGAUGUAGAAUAGGUGAGGUACCUUACCUAGGCAGGUAAUAGCCAGCCCAGCCAACCUACCCGGGUGAUCUUUUUCUUAUUCCCUGCUUUCCAGCACCUUCCCUUGCAACGACCAUCCUCGUCCGUUGUGACGACUGACCUGACUCCGCGUAAGGGCGUCUUCCAUAAAUUGUCAUCACCGCCCAGCUGACGAUCUCUCCGCCUCCUUCACCUCUUUUUUCUUACCUUUGUAAUCAUCACAUCGUCCGAUUUUGUCUGCCCUUUUUUUUUCUCUUUUUUUUGGCGGCUAACGCAUACCACGCACAUACCCCCUCAAGCAUUUAUUAGCUUGCAUUUCUCUCCUCUUCUUUGCCACAUCCUCCUUCCACUCUCGUCGUUGGCCCAACGCAGUAACCGAGGGCAUCCCGCGCAACCCAGUACUUCACGUACUUUCCAGCGCACCGUCGACGACCACGCCGCCGCACCUCUUUCUUUUUUUCUCCAUACAAACACCAAAUAAUACCACCAAGCGACCACAAUGGCUAAGCCUAGGUGCGAUCUCGCCAACUGCAAGAGCCCCGCCCACAUGGCCGGCGACUGCGGUUUCUGCAACAAGCACUUCUGCGGCAAACACCGCCUACUCGAGGACCACAAGUGCGAGGGUCUGGAAGACUGCAAGAAGGAGGCACACGCUCAGAACGCAGCCCAACUCGAAUCCGAGCGCACUCAGGUCAUCCGCGGCGUUUAAAUGUCAACUCAAAUAGACUUGACAAAGUGGCACUACGGGACCAUCAAUGCGCCCGAAAAGCCCUAUACUCGAGCGAAGGAUUCUCGAUUGCGGAUUGUCAACAGGGACGACCUGUCGGCAGUAACAGAUUGAUGGAGUCGAAAGUCUACAUCCAGCUGUCCGAUCGACUGCACUUCUCUCGGGAUGCCCGCCGUUAAACCCCCGCCAUCCGCAACAAUUUGCGGACAUGUGUUCCAAGAUGCAACGGCGAGACUCUAAACUACUUGAACCGAAUCUACACACAAACAAACAAACCUACGGAAGUCUGUAUUCUGCUUGGAUGCAGAAUCAGGCUUCGAUACGCUUGCCCUGCACUGAUUGUGCACUGGCAUCAUGACCGAGGGAAUAUACUGUUCUCCUGUCCAGAGAUAUCAUUUAUUUAUUUUUAAAUCUUACUAUUUUGCGCGGCGUUUUGGGCAGGAAUCUAUGGACUGUUGAUUGUUUUUUGUAACCCAUGUUUUUAUCUUUUCUUGCUGCGUCCCUUUUAGUUAUCUCAUAGAGAAGCCAUUGUCUUGGUUCCCUGUAUCUAUUCUAGUUCUUUCGGCGUGGCGUCUGGAUCCUGACCUCGGCCAAUGGGUCAAGACUCGACAUAAUUUUCACCACGUCUUUAUUUAACGUUUGCGCCACUUGAUAAUUUCGAUACCAAUUUAGGAGAUUUCAGGGGCUUUGUAUUCAUCAAGACACAUUUCCUUGCCCCUGACAGAAAAGAUAUUGUUAGCCUCAGUUUUGUUCCUUGUUCAAGACGUCACUUUUGUUUGUUGCGACUCCAUCUUAGUUAAUGACUUAGUCAGUCACCCAUUGCGCCAAGUACCCAGAAUUCAAACUCGGCAUCCCGAAGGCAGCAGAGGGCCACGCAUUGCGCAAAGUGUAUGACUCUAUCGUCAUACUUUAUUACUCCACUGUUUUUCCCCAUAUUGCCACAGACCCGGUCUCGCGGCAAGCGGCCAGUGCAACGUAUUCUAUUUGCAUAAGGUAGGGGGGGUUCUUUAAUAAUUCACAGUAAUACGGAACAAAACCACCUGGGGGGGAGGAGGAUGCUCCUCAAUCUUGAGUGGAGUUGGAUCUCCGAUAUCGCCACAAGCUUCUCUAUGCGCUACGUGUGCAUGGAGCAGUGCUAAAUGGAAG